AAGAAACCCAGUCUAAGGUUUAUAUUCUACUUAAUUCGGACAGUGUGAUGUGGGACACACUUGCAGAAGAGCAGAGCCAACAUUUCAAUCGCAUAUGCAAAAUUUGGGGUGAGGAUCUAACCAAGAUGGAUGGUGAAUCUAAUGGGCAACAAACCAAGCAAGAACGAUUGAGGACGAGAUGGACACCCGCACUUGAUAAAGUUUUCGCAGAUAUAGUUGUGGAACAGAUUCGACAGGGAAACAGACCAAAUAAUAUUUUCGACAAGAAAACAUGGAGUCAGAUCCGUGUGGAAUUUAACAGGCUGACUGGUCUCAGUUUUAAUAACAAUCAAUUAAGAAAGCAUCUUGACGUUCUGCGUACACGUUAUCAGAAUUUGCUAUCCACUUUUACACAGAAUGAUGCAAUAAUGCCAGAUUCAUGCUACAUGGGUUUUGAUCAAUGGGAAGAUAUCGGGGCACAAGCAAAGAUGGAACCAGCAAAGAUGAAGGAAUGUUCUAUUUAUGAGCAGCUAUGCACAAUAUUUGCGGAUUCAGGCGUGGAUGGAAAAUAUGCUCAAUCAAGCCACUACGGAAAAUUGAACAUGUCAGCUGGGAUUGAUCAUUUUGGUUCAGAAGAUGCAAACCCAAGUCCUAAAACACCAUCCACGUCAAAAUCUAUGCUAGGAAAUGGAUCUUCACCCCAGAACAUUAACAAGAGCGUGGCUGACAAAAAGAGAAAGCGUAUAUCCGAAGUUGGAUCUAUCUCAGAUCAAAGUCAAUGGAAUCAUGAGCUAAGUGAUACUAUGGCGGAAGCCUUCUUGGAUAUGAUGCAGUCCUCUAGGAUUCGAACAGCCACAAAGCCUCAAAUUGAUGAAAGAUUCUCAAUCACAAACUGCAUAAAAGCAUUGGACAAGAUUGAAGGCAUUGAUGACAAUCUUUAUUAUGCUGCCUUAGAUCUGUUUGAGAAUCCUAAUUUCAGGGAGGUGUUCCUAUCUCUGCAGAAUGACUACCUUCGACUAACAUGGUUGCAGGAAAAAUGUGGUGGUUUUACUCCAUUUAGCUAUUGAGUUCUGGUUCGAUGAUGCCUCUUUUUGACCGUGGGUGCAGUGUCUCUUUUGCUUGUAAAGUACACAAAUCUUUUGAUCCAUUAGAGCAGUGUAUGUAUAGGAAUAGGAUGAUACUUUAUAGGUGGGUUACAUAAAUUGUUAGUAAUUUUAGUUUGCAGAUAAAAUCUCUCUGAAAAAGGCAUUUCUUAGCAUGCUCAGGUGUAUUAUGGAAGAGUAGCUUUUUGUUUAUUAUUUGCAUUGUCCUUAUUUUUAUACAUGUUCAAAAGGCCAUGCUCAUGGGCCUUAUUCAGAUCUCACUGGUGAAAACUCAAUGGCAUAAACACAGGCAUAAAUAAAGCUUUUCUUGAAGUUGA